AUGGCUAGCCCUACAGUUCUCUCGUUUGAUACUGAGGGCCGCCUGAUUAAGUUUGAGACCUGGCUCGAUGAUCUGCACCUGUUCCUCCAGCUCACUGCCAGAGAGGAUAUCUCGCUGUACGAUCACGCACUAGGCACAGUCCCUCCUCCUGCUACUACUGCUACCGCUACUGCUCGCUCGCAGUGGCAGACUCGCGAUGCCCCCGCCCGCUUUGCCAUUCGCAACUCCCUGCCAGUCGAUGAGCGAGAGCACUUUGGCCAGCAUCAGACUGCGCAGGCCCUGUACACUGCUGUAGUUGCGCGCUACUCCUCCCCGGCCUCAGCUGCACUAGGCCGUCUCUCCCUUCCCUACCUGUUCCCCGACCUGUCCGCUUUCCAGACAGUCGCUGACCUCAUCACUCACCUCCGUACUAGUGAUGCCCGCUUCCGUGCAGCCAUGCCCGCUGAGUUUCUUGCCUCCAACCCUCCCCCGCUCUGGCUCACUCUCUACCACCUCGUCACCCGCCUCCCUGACACUCUGCGUACAGUCAGGGACCACUUCCUAGCUCGCUGCCCCACUAAGCUCACCAUUGCCGCCCUAGAGAAGGAACUACUUGCAGCUGAGAAGAGUAUUGUAGCUGUAGGUGCCUCUCGUGGCGACCCCCGCACCCCUUUCUUCGAGGGGUGUUCCCCCUCCCCCCUCCUCCCUUCUGUCGCCUCUGCUACUGCUGUCGACCUUCUUGGUGCUGAGCAGGUCAGCUCUGCGUCCGCUCCCAGCGGGCGCCGCAGCGGCAAGGGCAGGGGAGGCAAGGGCGGUGGGGGUGACGGCGGGGGCGGCGGUGGUGGGGGUGGUGGCAGCGGUGGGGGCGGUGGCGGGGCUGGAGGGGCUAGUGGCAGCGGUGGGGGUGGUGGAGGCAGCGGCGGCGGCGGUGGCCAGGGUGGGGGCGGUGGUGGUGGCGGCAGUGGACGUGGCGGCGGCAGGGGCGGUGGUGGUCGUGGUGGAGGCGGCGGUGGUGGUCGUGGAGGCUCUGGCACUGGCCAGAGUGCGCAGCACCCUUGGUCCUCCCAGGAGCUUUGUGAGUGGUACUUACAGCACGGGGGUGGGGGGGGUAGCCUUAGCUGCACGUACGUCAUCCGCACUGGUCGCCGCAAGGGACAGACGUGCGGGAGGGCGCACACUGCGCAGCGCUGCUUCUCUUGCCUAGAUGACGCUUGGCGUGCUCAGUUUCCUGACACUCCUGAGCUCCCUCAGUGGGCUGAUCUCCUCAAGAAGGAUAUCGAUAUCUAUGCUCUUGAUUUUGAUGUUAUUCUCAAAGCAAUGUAUGCAUUCACUAUUAGUGGAGAGGAGGACCAGUACCUGAGGGUUCCGCCUGACCCAGGCAUCCGCACGAGUGAGGCUGCCGCCCUAGGUGCUUGCGUGUCUGCUGCCCCAGGUGCUGGUGAGACUUCUGCUCUAGGUGCUUGUGUGUCCGCCACCCCAGGUACUACUGAGUCCACUGAGGCACUGCACACCUUCACUCUAGACUCAGGCGCUUCGCGCUGUUUCUUUCGUGACCGCACUGCUCUUGAGCCCCUUGCUCGACCAGUGGCUGUCUCGCUCGCUGACCCCUCUGGGGGUCCGGUCAUUGCGACCUCCUCCACCCUCCUUCCUUGUCCUGCUGUCCCGUCGGGCACACUGUUAGGUCUCCACCUCCCCUCGUUCUCUACAAACUUGGUGGCGGGUUGUGCGCUUCAGGAUGGGGGUGUUCACCAGUUCACCCCUGCCUACGAGCGCGUGACACACUGCACGUGUGCUUGGACGGGCCGUCACCUGGCUACCUUCACUCGGCAGCCGGGCUCGGACCUGUACACACUGACCACUGAGUCCCCUCAGGUAGCGGCGUCUGCGUCUGCGUCAGGUCAGCUGUCUGCCCCCUGCUUGUGUCGCUCUCUAGCGCACAAGACUGUCCUCUGGCACCACCGGCUUGGUCACCCGUCAGUGCAACGCCUUCGGAGCAUGCACGCCCGGUACCUUGUCUCUGGUCUUCCUCGGGUACUCCCUCCCCUCCCACCCUCCCUUGCUCCUCCUUGUCUUCCCUGUGUCGAGGGGCGGCAGCGCGCUGCCCCUCACUCCUCCUCGUUCCCCCCGACGAUUGCUCCUUUGCAGACGCUCCACAUGGACGUGUGGGGCCCAGCCUGCGUCCGUGGUCAGGGCCAGGAGAGGUACUUCUUGAUCGUCGUUGACGACUACUCGCGCUACACCACGGUCUUCCCCUUGCGCACCAAGGGUGAAGUCCCUGAUGCCCUGAUCCCUUGGAUCAGCAGAGCACGUCUUCAGCUGCGAGAGCGUUUUCGCUCGGAGUUUCCUGUCCUACGCUUGCACUCUGACAGAGGUGGCGAGUUCUCCUCCGACCUCUUGGUAGCCUACUGUGCUGAGCACGGCAUUCGCCAGUCGUUCACGCUUCCGGCCUCUCCACAGCAGAAUGGGGUUGCUGAGCGCCGCAUUGGCUUGGUCAUGGAGGUCGCUCGUACCUCCUUAGUCCACGCGGCUGCCCCCCACUUUCUGUGGCCGUUUGCGGUCCGGUACGCUGCGCAUCAGCUCAACCUCUGGCCCCGUGUCUCCGCUCCGGAGACCUCGCCCACACUGCUGUGGACGGGGGAGGUUGGCGAUGCGUCAUGCUUCCGUGUCUGGGGAUCCCGAGCUUUUGUUCGCGACACGUCUGCGGACAAGCUCUCCUCCCGCACUGCUCCCUGUGUCUUUCUUGGCUUUGUCCCGGAUGCGUCUGGCUGGCAGUUUCACCACCCCGCCUCGCACCGCGUCUUCCCCUCUCAGGACGUCACUUUUGACGAGUCCGUGCCCUUCUACCGCCUCUUCCCCUACCGCACUGCCCCGCUCCCUCCCCCGCCUCUCUUCCUCGCACCAGGUGCUGCAGUGGUAGACCCCCUCCCCCCUCAGGGUGCCGCUCCCUCAGGUGUCUCUCAGGUAGACCCGGUUGAGCCUGCCGAGGUAGCUGUCGACUCGCGUCCUGCUAGAGGUGCUGAGCCUGAGCGUGCGGAGCCUGAGCGUGCGGAGCCUGAGCGGGCGGAGCCUGGGGGUGCUGAGUCUGGGGGUGCUGAGACUGGGGUUGACCGUGAGGCGCCUGGAGGACCUCCCUCUUCGCAGCAGCUACGUGAGUGGUACUCACGGUACUGCAGCCUCCGGCGGGGUGCGUCUCGGGCUCGUAGUGCUACUGGAGUUGGUACUCGUGUUUCCCCACCACGGCGGGAGCCGCCCUCUUCCCCACAGCUUCAAGAGUGGUACGCUCGGCACAUCAGUCUCCGGAGUGGGGCUCCUGGUGCUGGGGUCCCCGGAGUUGACGCUGCUGCGGGUGCUGCGGACCCUGGUGCUGGAGGUGCUGCUGCUGCUGGCGGUGCUGCUGGAGGUGCUGCUCGUACUGAGGACCCGGGCGUUGGAGCUGCUGUGGGUGCUGCGGACCCUGGUGCUGGAGGUGCUGCUGCUGCUGGAGGUGCUGCUGGUGCUUCUGGAGGUGCUGCUGCUGCCGCUGGUGUCUCUGCUGAGACGUGA